UGUCAAAGUAAUGUCAACAUUACUGUUGUGCCAUACGGUCGUGUUGAGCCAUCUGUUUAGAUCGGAUUUCAGUUUGAAUUGUUUUUCCAAUUCUCUUUUGACAUUUAUUAAUUCAGUGAACCUGUAAUUAUGGACGAAGUACUGCAAAAAUUCAGUGCGCUCAGCAAGGACGAUACUCCUAGCAAUGAUGCCGGUACAAAUUUUGAAGGAAUGUACAAAUACUGGGGGAAAUUGGACAACCAGGAGCAGCGGCGAAAGGAAAUUCUUUCCAGCCAAAAGACUAAUCGUAAUGCCCUCACGGACACAUUUCGAGGUAUAUUGGAAGGUGUAGAAAAUGCUGCCAAACAAAGCCAAAUUUUCAAAGGAAAAAAGGUUCAUUACAGACCACAGAUAUAUGUGGCUGGGUUCAAUAGAUGUAAUUACAACAAUACUCUAAUGUUAUCUGAAUGGAUGGUGGAGAAGCCAGGGGAUUUCCAUGAAAACUGGUUUGUGGUGCCUUGCCCAAAAGGUGUUAGGAUGUUAGUCAUUGCAAAUGAUGGUACAACACAAUGCUACAGUAAAUACGGUCACUUCAGAUUUGAAUGUAGAACUGCAUUACCGGGAGGAUCACCGGCAACUGUGAGCCGAAGACGUUGCUGCAUUCUAGACUGUUUCUAUGUAGAAACUCUAAAAACAAUGUUUGUGCUAGAUCUCUUGGCUUGGAACUGUCAGCCAAUGACUGAUGGAGAGGCUGAAUUCAGACAUUAUUGGUUGUUGUCCAAUCUAGAUGACAUUCCUGAAUUAGGGACAUACAGUAAAAAGAAUCAGUUAAUAUUUAAGAUACUACCAAAAAUAACAUGUGAUCCAGAAAACUUUAAUGAAUUUAUGAUGAGGUAUCCACCAUUUCCAAAUUGUACUCCUAGCCUGGAUGGCCUGUUGUUUUACCACAAGCAAGCUCAAUAUGUUGCCGGAGAAACUCCCUUAGUGACCUGGCUGUACCCUUUUAUGGUGCCAGAAGUUUUAGGUAGAGAAAUAACAGUAAAUCCAGUAUACAUGCUUGGAAUGCCUAAAAAUUAUGUGAACCAAGCCAAUUAUAUCCGUGAGUUCACAGAGAAAGAGGCAAAAUCUAACAAGAGGUGGAAACAACGGUGUGAAAGUAUGGAUAUCGCGCCCGUUCCAGUAGCAAAUAGCGAGAAUGACCAGAGUAAUACAAUGGCGACAGAGACUGUAUCUCACAAUUUGGACCCAACGACAGAAGUUCAAAAUUGGAACACAGAUGACAAGAAGAGUAUCGAACAGAUGGAGUAAGCACUGUCUACCGUUAAAUAAAUGUGGAAUUAUUUACAAUGGCUGUAAAUUAGACUAUGCUGUGUAGUUUUUGAGAAACUGAAUUGUCAGUAGCUAGAGCUUAAAAACUAGUCUUUAAGUGUAUGUCGUUUUAGAUCUACAUCCAAUCUUGGAAGGAUUACAUGGUACCGAAAUAUUAAGGCCCAAGUUCGCAACAUGAACGUAAUUUUUUUUUAAAACAACACCUUACUAUUUUUCACGUUCAAUUUUUAAUCUGUGGUUUUAAGAAUGACUGACGUUUAUGUUGUCUGUGAAAAUGGGCGUAAGUAGUAUUUUUAUGAUGUUACUGUUUUGGAAUUUUAUGUAUUUUGUGUUAUCUCUCGUCGCUUACAAUUAUGUAGCUAAAAAGAACACGUUUUGGAAGUCGAAUCCUAAAUUCUGUGGAAGAACCAGUUCUGAACCAGUUUUCUGAAAUGAAAACUAUUUCAGAUAUAUUUUCUAAGACUGAUUUCAAAUUCGUCUGCGAUAUUUUGGAUUCCAGUCUACCAAUACGUGUUUGUUGAUGUUUUUUAUUUUGCAUGCUGCAAAAAUUUUAUUUAUUCGACCUGUGUACACGAUAAAUUUAUUUUAAUACUUACAGUAUUUUUAAAAUAAUUGAAAUAGUCUGAAUUAGCUAUGAAUUACUCAUAAAAUAAGACCUUCUGUGUUUAUGAUGUGUUAACUUCAUCUUCAGACAAUUCCGGUUAAUUUUUAUUUUUUAAUGAAUUAAGGCCCAUUUGCACAACUGCCUGCUAAACACAUGUAGGUAUACUCGCUUGUUAUUUUCACUGGCUGCUGAUGAUGAGUUUCCAAGUCGCUAUUAAGUUCGACAUUAACUGUUCCUCUGAGUACAUAUUUUUUAUGUUGUGAGUACGUUAGUGAGUAUUAUUAAAUAAAAUAAAUGUUACAUAUGUGAAAAACAUCGGUAUGUUAUCACUUUAAAAUAAAUUUAAUGAUGAACGUGUUAAAUAGAUUUAGCACUGCAUGUGUUCAGUGGGCAGUUGCUUAAUUUGACCGUAAUUCAACUGUUGUACCUAAUUAAGUUUUGAAUAAUGUUAUUUAUUGAAUGUAGCAUGACCUAGAGUUAAGCAAACUGUUAUGAACUCUAAAUAAAUGGAUACAAGUCUCGAA